AUGCCAGUGUGGUCGCCCCGUAUCAGUGCCUGGGGUAGGCGGUGGGGAGCCGGCAGUCAAGGCACCGUUCACCCCCCUCCCCCGCGACAGGCAGCACGGUUGGCAGCCUCCAGCCGUGCCGUGCCUGGGGAUGCUGUCUGGAAGGCGAUGGUUGAGUGUGAAACACUGUGUUCAAGAUGGUGCCUUACAACAUCACACAAACUGUAUUCUUCUUUGUAUGAUCCAAAUGAAAAGACCUUUGAAAAACUCCUUAUUGCCAACAGAGGAGAGAUUGCAUGUCGGGUCAUCAAAACGUGUAAGAAGAUGGGGAUUAAAACAGUUGCCAUACAUAGUGAUGUUGAUGCCAGUGCAGUUCAUGUGAAAAUGGCGGAUGAAGCUGUCUGUGUUGGCCCAGCUCCCACCAGCAAAAGCUACCUCAACAUGGAUGCCAUCAUGGAAGUCAUUAAGAAAACCAGGGCCCAAGCUGUACACCCAGGAUAUGGAUUUCUUUCAGAAAACAAAGAAUUUGCUAGACGUUUGGCAUCAGAAGGUGUCACCUUCAUUGGACCUGACACACAUGCUAUUGAAGCUAUGGGAGACAAGAUUGAAAGCAAAUUGUUAGCCAAGAAUGCAAAGGUCAACACAAUCCCUGGCUUUGAUGGAGUAGUCAAGGAUGCAGAUGAAGCUGUCAGAAUUGCAAGGGAAAUUGGCUACCCUGUCAUGAUCAAGGCCUCAGCAGGUGGUGGUGGGAAAGGCAUGAGAAUCGCUUGGGAUGAUGAAGAGACCAGGGAAGGUUUUAGGUUUUCCUCUCAAGAAGCUGCUUCAAGUUUUGGCGAUGAUCGUUUACUGAUAGAAAAGUUCAUUGAUAACCCUCGUCACAUAGAAAUUCAGGUUUUAGCAGAUAAACAUGGUAAUGCCUUGUGGUUGAAUGAGAGGGAAUGCUCCAUUCAAAGGAGAAACCAAAAAGUUGUGGAAGAAGCACCAAGCACUUUCCUAGACCCUGAAACUCGAAGAGCAAUGGGGGAACAAGCAGUAGCUCUUGCCAAAGCAGUAAAAUAUUCCUCUGCUGGAACAGUAGAAUUCCUUGUGGACUCCAGUAAGAAUUUUUACUUCUUGGAAAUGAAUACUAGACUUCAGGUUGAACAUCCCGUCACAGAAUGCAUUACCGGCCUGGACUUAGUCCAAGAAAUGAUCCGUGUUGCUAAGGGUUACCCUCUCAGGCACAAACAGGAUGAUAUUCCCAUCAACGGCUGGGCAGUUGAAUGUCGAGUUUAUGCUGAGGACCCUUACAAAUCUUUUGGCCUGCCAUCCAUUGGUAAACUCUUUCAGUACCAGGAACCACUGCACGUGCCAAGUGUACGUGUUGACAGUGGCAUACAACAAGGAAGUGAUAUUAGCAUUUAUUAUGAUCCUAUGAUCUCAAAACUGAUUACCUAUGGCUCUAAUAGAGCUGAAGCACUGAAAAGAAUGGAAGAGGCUCUGGACAAUUACGUAAUUCGAGGUGUGGCUCACAAUAUUUCUUUACUGCGAGAAGUGAUCAUCCAUCCACGCUUUGUUCAAGGAGACAUCAGUACUAAAUUCCUGCCUGAAGUCUAUCCUGAUGGUUUCAAAGGACACAAGUUGACAGAUCUUGAAAGAAGAGAACUACUGGCAACAGCAGCGUCUUUGUAUGUGGCUGAGCAACUGAGAUCACAGCGAUUUCUAGGGACUCCAAGAAUUCCUAUUGCUAAAUCAAAGAGAAGUAGCUGGGAGCUCUCUGUGCGUCUAGGAGAUGGAAUUUACCCAGUUGCAGUUUCAAAGGAUGCCUCAUCAUUUUCUGUGGAAGUUGAUGGGAUGAAACUAAAUGUGACCAGCGAGUGGAACCUGGCUUCACCCUUAUUGUCUGUCACCAUUGAUGGUACUCAGAGGAUUAUACAGCGACUUUCUCGGAAUGCAUCUGGGGAAACAAGCAUUCAGUUCCUAGGCACAGUGUACAAAUUACAAAUACUGACGAAGGUUGCUGCAGAGCUGAGCAAGUACAUGCCAGAAAAAGCAGCAGAGGACACCUCCAGCAUUUUGAGAUCUCCCAUGCCCGGAGCAGUGGUGGCAGUUUCUGUCAAGCCUGGAGACAUGGUUUCAGAAGGUCAAGAGAUUUGUGUAAUUGAAGCAAUGAAAAUGCAGAACAGUAUGAUUGCUGCUAAAACAGGCAAGGUGAAAGCUGUGCACUGCAAAGCUGGUGAUACCGUUGGCGAAGGAGAUCUGCUGGUGGAACUGGAAUGAAAAGUUGCCUUCACACUGCUGAAUUAGCUGAGCCUUUAUUAUUUUCAUCUGCAAAGUAAGAUUAAGGCAAUCGAACACAGAAGAUGGGCAGUCCUACGCACAAGAUUGUACACAGUCGUAUUUAUUGUGUCAGUGGUUAAGACAGCAAACACAGAUGUUAAAUCUUGGCAACAGAUCCCAGAUUUUUACUUCCAGAAAUACUUGUACAUAACCUUUGUAAUUCUUUUGAUUUUUCAGGAUCAAAUAAAAUCAAUAAAAUACUAUUUCUGCUUUAAAACAGGAAGAGCCUCUUUUUUGAAAAAAAGAAAACACAACAAAAGCCCAAAUCCUAUUCAUCUGCUCUGUGGUAAUGUCACUGGUUUGGAGGCCCAGCCAAAUUGUACAGAAUGGUUGUGAUAACAGUGAAAAACAAACCACUGAGUGCUUAACAGAGCAGUUUUCCUACAGUCUGUGUAAGCACUGAACAAGUACUGCUGGUGGCUUCAAUUCUGGUCAGAUUUGCUGUAAUAUUUUGAAUAGACUAG